AUGGCCAACCAUAAAAUUGCUAUUAUACAGUUCUAUCCUAGGCCAAAUGAAAUAGAGUCGAACCAUGUUAAAGCCGUGACUUUCAUUCGUGAAGCUGCCGCCUCUGGAGCACAGCUCGCGGUUCUUCCUGAAUAUCAUCUCGCCGACUUCGUCCCUAGUCACGAUCCAGCUAUCCUGCAGCAGUGUGCAAACUGGAAGAAAUAUCUCAACGCCUAUUGCGCAUUAGCCAAAGAGUGCAACAUCUGCGUGGUACCUGGCUCCUUCGCUGAACUACACGAUGACGGUACGAUUGUGAACGCCACUUAUUUCAUUGAUAAUAAUGGAGUUAUCUGCGGCAAAUACGAGAAGAAGAAUCUCUGGCAUCCCGAAAGGCCUUAUGUCAAGGGCUCAAAGAAUGAUACACGGCAUAUUGCAUUUGAUACGCCCUUGGGAAAGGUCGGGAUGGUCAUCUGCUGGGAUCUGGCAUUCCCAGAGGCUUUCCGAGAGCUUAUUAUACAGGGCGCCAAGAUGGUCAUUGUGCCUGCGUACUGGAAGUAUAACGAUGCUUCCGAAAUAGGUAUGAAGAGAAAUCCUAAGUCUGAAGGUGUCUUCCUAGAUGCUGCGGUUGUUAGUCGAGCUUUUGAGAACACUUGUGCUGUGGUGUUCUGUAACGUUGCUGGGCCUGAAAACGAGGGAUUUGCUGGGCUUUCUCAGGUGGCCUUGCCAUUUGUGGGCUGCAUUGAGAGAUUUGGGAACAGUGACGAGGGCAUGAAAGUUGUGGAUGUUGAUAUGAGCAUUUUAGAAGAGGCAGAGGGGGUGUACAAGAUUCGGGAGGACAUUGCUACCUCGGAUUGGCAUUAUGGUUAUAGUCGUUGA